UUUAUGGGUAUCCAAUUCCAUUCUUCUUUUUUAUUGUUUUCUUUCUUUCUCUCUGACUGUCUCAUUCUAUCAUUAAAAAACCUCUUCUUUUCUUUCAAACUAUAACCGACUCUUUAUUUUUUUUCAAUCUCUCUUUCUUUCUUUUUUAUGACUAUUUUGAUGAUGGAGGUGGAAGAAAUUAUCUGCAAAUGAAAAAAAGGAAGGUGAUUUUGACAUUAAUGGUGAAUUCAAGAGCUUUUUAAGUAGCAGACAAAGAAGAAGAAGAAGUGCAAGCUUAGCUAGCUUGUGUUGGGUUGGGGUUUUCGUUCUCAUGGCUACCGGUAGAGGCAACAUGCACUCCAUCCAACUAGACCACCAGCAACAUACUAAUCAACAUCAUUAUCAAAAUCAGCAGCAACAACCACAUCAGCACCAAAUACAAGAGUAUAAUCAACAUCAUCAAAAUCAGAUUCCUUAUGCAAUGAUGCAAUCAUCGUCAUCAUCUUCCAUCCCUGGAAACUUCAUAAGCAAAGACACUGGAGCUUAUGAUUUGGGUGAAUUAGAUCAAGCCCUUUUUCUCUAUUUUGAUGGACAAGACCCUUCCAGUAUUCAAGACCAAAAACAUAACGCUGGAAUGAGGCCUCCGACUCUGAACAUUUUCCCUUCACAGCCUAUGCACGUUGAGCCACCAUCUUCAACAAAGACGAGUACAGGAUUGGUUUCUCCAGCAAAAAGUGGUUCAAAGAGACCAUCAGAGCCGUCCAUAGAGUUGGCCAACGCCAGAAAUGAUGCUUCAGCUUCUGCAACAGAUCAACCAGCUAAAGCUGUCAAGCGUGAGGGGAACCGUAAAGGGCCAGCAUCGAGUUCCGAGCAGGAAGGACCCAAAACACCUGACCCUAAGACAUUGAGAAGACUUGCUCAGAAUAGAGAGGCAGCAAGGAAAAGCAGGAUAAGAAAAAAGGCUUAUGUUCAACAGUUAGAGUCAAGUAGGAUUAGGCUUACCCAACUGGAACAAGAGCUUCAAAGAGCUAGAGCUCAAGGCAUGUUUUUUGGUGGUGCUAAUAUCUUAGGAGGAGAGCAAGGCCUUCCUGUUGGUAUUAACAACAUAAGCUCAGACGCUGCUGUGUUUGACAUGGAGUAUACAAGAUGGCGAGAAGAGAACCAUCGACUCAUGUGUGAGCUUCGAGCAGCAGUUCAAGAGCAUCUACCGGAGAACGAGCUUCGGAUCUUUGUCGACAACUGUUUAGCACACUUCGACGAGGUGAUAAACCUAAAAAGCAUGGUGGCCAAAACCGAUGUCUUUCACCUUGUGUCCGGCAUGUGGAAGACACCAGCUGAACGAUGCUUCAUGUGGAUGGGUGGAUUUCGGCCGUCUGAGCUCAUCAAGGUUAUACUGAAUCAGAUUGAGCCAUUGACAGAGCAGCAGAUAAUGGGCAUAUGUGCAUUGCAGCAAUCGACACUGGAAGCUGAAGAAGCUCUAUCACAAGGCUUGGAAGCUCUGAAUCAGUCUCUUUCUGAUAUUAUAACAUCCGAUUCACUAAGCUGCCCUCCUAAUAUGACUAACUACAUGGGCCAAAUGGCUAUUGCCAUGAACAAACUCUCCACCCUUGAAGGUUUUGUUAGACAGGCUGAUAAUCUGAGGCACCAAACCAUACAACGGCUGCAUCAAAUCCUGACGACCCGUCAAGCUGCAAGGUGUUUACUGGCGAUUGCUGAAUACUUCCACCGCCUGAGAGCUCUCAGCUCCCUCUGGCUGGCUCGACCUCGGCAGGAACAAUAGAAACCCUAGCUAGCCCAUAGCCACUUUCGUAUCUUUUUACUCUUUAUCAUAAUUAUUGUCUUCUUUUGAUAUUCUCCCUUUCUGCAGAGAGAUGUAUAGAUACACUAAAAUAGAUUAAAUUUCAAAGUUAAAUUAGUGGAAGUUUCUCUGACUAUACUGAUUUUUCUGCUUUGAACAAAGAAAUCCAAAUAAAGGCAAUGAUUUCGCAGCCAUUUCUGACUGAUUAGAAAGAGAUAGAACUGGUUAAGAAGAAGAAAAGAGCAUUGAGAAUA